CUUGCCUACAUGUCAUUAUGCGAUAUGUGUCAUUUAUUCCUUUCAAGCUGUGAUCCAUAAUAUUGUUUGUAAUUAACGGUUUGUGUGAUCGUGUCUUGUAUGGUUUAGUGGACCAAACAUGGCGCAGUGGGAAGGUUUCAGCGUCUCGGUGCGCUGCGGGUCGCCGCUCGGCUGCUACCAGGGCACGAUCCUCGCGGCUGAUGGAGCGUCCAUCACGCUUACCAAACCAUUUCGGAACGGAUUCCCUUAUCCUAAGGCACAGGUUACGUUAAAAGCAUCAGAUAUCAAAUCACUGGAGAUUAUCUCCGGCAAGACGUCAGGUGGUACAGCGCACAGCACCGUCCCAGUAGUAGGCAAGAAGCGAGUGCCACGGGCUACGGUUGGAGAGAGCUUACAAGAACAGGCUCCGGCACCACCACCGCCGGUUGUUAAUAAGAGCAAGCCGGCGAGGAGCAAGCCUAUUGAUAUACAGGCUAAGAAUAGGAACAACACUCAUGCUGGGAGCUAUGGUGCCACUGGCUCAACACCGAAGACCCGGAUGGCAGGCGGUGACAAGGCGCGUCGUAAAAACGAAGCGUGCUUCGGCUCCGCUGCCUUGGAGGCCGUCGACAAUGAUUUUGACUUUGAGGGAAACUUGGCACUUUUUGAUAAAGAGGCGCUCUGGCAACAAAUGCGUCCCGACGUCGUUCGCGUAGCCGCCGCCCGCGACGAAAUGGCCGCCGGCGGCAAACUGCGACACGACCAGAACGUGCUCCGAACAACUGCACCAGACACCGCCCCUGUCACCGUACCACCAGCGUUAAGAGGCGCUAGAGACUAUGUCACUGAUUCCGGGACGAGGUUACCCAGUGUGUCAGCGGCUUUAAGAGGAAGAUUGUGGGCUGGAUUGAGAAGGACGGAUGAUGAGACGCAGCAUACAGCGAGGGCGCUGUUCGCGCGUGCGACUGCUGAUGUGGCGUUGAAACUUGUCGGUGGGACUCGUAGAUUGGACCCGCGCAACGCGCACCAGCGGCCGCGCGCCGGCGUGGUGGCGGGGCGCGGGGCGGGCGCCGCGGCCGCCGUGUCCACGGCGCGGCUGCUGCGCGCGCACGGCGUCGACACCUACGUCGUACCGCUCGACGCGGCCGCCGCGGCCGCCGUGUCCACGGCGCGGCUGCUGCGCGCGCACGGCGUCGACACCUACGUCGUACCGCUCGACGCGGCCUCCGCGGCCGCCGUGUCCACGGCGCGGCUGCUGCGCGCGCACGGCGUCGACACCUACGUCGUACCGCUCGACGCGGCCGCCGCGGCCGCCGUGUCCACGGCGCGGCUGCUGCGCGCGCACGGCGUCGACACCUACGUCGUACCGCUCGACGCGGCCUCCGCGGCCGCCGUGUCCACGGCGCGGCUGCUGCGCGCGCACGGCGUCGACACCUACGUCGUACCGCUCGACGCGGCCGCCGCGGCCGCCGUGUCCACGGCGCGGCUGCUGCGCGCGCACGGCGUCGACACCUACGUCGUACCGCUCGACGCGGCCGCCGCGGCCGCCGUGUCCACGGCGCGGCUGCUGCGCGCGCACGGCGUCGACACCUACGUCGUACCGCUCGACGCGGCCGCCGCGGCCGCCGUGUCCACGGCGCGGCUGCUGCGCGCGCACGGCGUCGACACCUACGUCGUACCGCUCGACGACACGUGUCCAUUAGUGACAAGCGCGUUAUCCGCCUACCGCCUAUGCGGGGGCCGCGUGCUGGGGCCCACAGACCCCCGCCCCGCGGGGGACCUUCUCCUACUAGCCCUGCACGACCCGGAGACGUCAAUACAGCACCCGAGCACUCCCCAAGCCCUCGAGUGGGCCUCCACCUCCCGCGGCGCCCUCGUCAUCCUGGAGCCCGGCGGCGACGACUCCGGCCUCUGGGACUCCGUGCUGCUCUCCGCUCGCGCCGUCCUCGUCGCACUGCUACCGCCGUCUCUCUCUGCCGUGGCGCCGCGGCUGCUAUUGGCUAACGUGGCGCCGCCGGCGCAGCUGUUUGGCGCGGUGGGCGUGGCCUAUAGAUCGCCUUUUGGCGCUGCGUCGGUGCUAGCGUUGCAUUUGGCUGAUGAUGAUGAUUGAUUCUACUAAACUACACUCAUACUGAAAGAUGUCUUGAAAUACACUGUUUAGCAUUGAAAAAGUGACAUUUAGAGAAUUCGCCUAAAAAUGUUUUCUUUAAACUAUAAAGUAAAAAAUAUCGAAAUCGGGUCGCUGACGUAUUUAAAGUCGACAUUAAUGCCCUUGAAAUUUGAAUACACGUAAAAAAAUGAAAGCGAUGAUGUGUAGAAUUUUCAUACAAAGUGAUCUAAUUUAACUGCUCUGGAAUGUACUUAUAUAAAGUGUUUUUUCACUGUGCAAUAGAUCCCUCAUUAAAAAGGCAGACUUAUGGCCGAACCGGACAUUGACUAUUCUUCACUGAUAGAAAACUAAUUAAAUUAUUUGUAUGAAAAUAUUUUAAUGUUUUUCUUUGGAGUAGAAACACUACUAUAUAAAUUAUAAACUGAAAUAUAUGUAAUAUAGGAAAGAAAAAGUGAGUAAAAACAAAUCAAAUUGUGAUAAUAAUAAUACAGAAGGAACCCAAGGUUUUUUUCCAAUAUAGAAAUCUAUUCUCCCACAUUGCAAAUGGUUCUCAAAAGAGUUAUGCUUCAAAUUACCUAUGCAACAGUACGAAUUUAAAAGUAUAUUUGUUAAAAGGCGGUAAAGAAUACUAACAAUAACCCUUUGGAUGCUAAAAACGCCUAAAGUCGUUUUGAAUCGAGUCUCGAUAUAGUUAGUUAGGCCAUUCUCUCGAUGAUACCUACCGACUUGAGACGUGAGUGUGGACAAUUAAUUCCAGAGUCCUAUGAAAAUAUGACAUGACACUUUCAGACUGCCGCUCGAAAAUCGGUGCAUCGUUACCACCUCGGAGUAAUUAACAGCGGAGACGCCAUGUCUAAAAUUUUUGGUACAAAAUAGUCUGCCGUUUUUUGCGGGGGAGGGGCACAUCAAAUGUAUAGGUACGUCAUGUCAGAUAAACGUCAGUCCA